CCUCUCUCCCCAAGAGCGUUUAUCGUGUCAGAGGAGGGGCCGCCACUCGUGCUUCAUCCACUCACAUCCCCCUACCCAUCCAUUUCCAUCACCACACCUGGGGCUCCCAGUCGCCUUCUCAGCGGCCAGCACCGGAGCGUGAUUCAUUCAUGGCGGCGCUUCUCUCUCGGUUAACCACGGUGCUGCUCGCCCUCCUGUUCCUCACACACGGCGCCGUUGCGCAGCAGCAGGCCCCCCAGGAGCCCUGCAAGGAGGGCCACUCGUCGUGUUUCCUCAUGCGGGGUCUCCAGCAAGUGUACGAUCCGUACCUCACGGACUGGGGGAGCAUCCAGUUCGACCCCAAUACGCCUGUAUUCGAGCGAUUCGAGCGCCUUCUCGGGAGGUGCACUGACAGGAACCUUGGUUUGGGUGCUGGCCUGAUGCGCAUCGUGAACGGCGACGGGACUCUGGUGUGGGAGGGGGCGUAUGAUGGCGGCCCGCCGGGUCGCAACGCGAAGCCGCCCCCGGUCACCCGAAAGCAUCCGUAUGAGAUCGCCAGUAUCUCCAAGAUGCUCACGGUGAGUGGUACUAGUUGAUCGAUGAAUGGCCGGCCAGUCAUGCACUUCUUGUGUUUUGUUGUCGCUGUUUCUGGUGUGUAAGGCGGCGACCGUUUUCACGUAUGUCGACGAGGGCAGGAUCAACCUGUCAGGUACCACAUACAUUGGUGAACAAUCCCAAGCACCGUCUCAAUUGCCUGUGUGUCUGUCUGUCUGUCUGUCUGUCUGCAGACAAGAUCAUGGAUCUGGUGCCGAAUGAGACAAAGGUGCCCCCCACGCUGCAUCAGUACAAGGGCAAGUACUACACCGACCAGAUAACUGUCCAGAUGCUCCUCAACCACAAGUCGGGACUCCCGGAGUACUGGAGUGUGAGAUACCCAGUGUUACCCACACACAUAGAUACACCACUGGCAGUGAUCUGUAUGUCAUUGACAGUCGCCCGACUUCAACAAGACCUUCCUCGCCGACGUCAAUCGCUGGUGGGAGCCAGAAGAGGUCAUUGCCUUUGCCGCCAAGAUGGAGGCCCAUUACGUGCCAUACACCGGCGAGGACGAGCCUUACAUCGAGAAGUACGACCAGAUGGCCGUGUACUACUCCGACACUAACUACAUCCUUCUGGGGUUUCUGUUGGAGGAGCUGGAGGGCAAGCCGCUGGCUGAGGUUUACAAGUUGCGGCUGUACGAGCCCCUCAACAUGACCAGCACAUGGCUGCGUUAUAGAGAGGAAGCAAGGUGGGUAUGCCAGCUGCAGAUAUGGGUACAGAGAGAGACAGCACAUCACACACACGUGCAAGCCGCCACUCUCUCUGUGUCUCUCUCUCUGUUUCUCUCUCUCUCUCUCUCUCUGUGUGUGUGUGUGUGUGUGUGUGGCCACAGGAGCUCUCUGCCGAUAUUGAAUCGUUACUGGAGCAAGCCGGCCAUCCAUGGCAAUGAGCAGAUCGACAUGUCUCUGCACCGGCGGCAGACCGCCGAGUGGGCCGGCGGAGGGCUCGUGUCUACCAAUGAGGACCUCAUCAAGGUGCUGCGGGGCAUCUUCGAGAGCCGUCGGCCAGGACCGGGCGGCCUCUACAAGAACAACGAAACCGUCCAGCGUUUCUUUGGCCCGGAUGCCUUUCAUAUGCACGUGGAUUACGACACCAAAGAAGUAGGUAUCGAGUUGCAUUGACUGCGUUGCCUUGGCUUGUGCGGCUACAUAAAAUGCAUUUCGGUGUGUGUGUGUGUGUGUGUGUUGCGCUUUGGUGUUUGUCAGGGGCAGUGGGACAACGUGUACUCGUCUGGUAUCUUCAAGGUCAAGUUCGACAACGAGGAAUGGGGCGAGAUCCUCGGCCACGAGGUGAGAGCGCCCUGAUUAGAUCUUAUCCCUGUAUCCCUGUGUGUGUAUUGUCGUUCAUCUUGUUUGGUCCAUGCAGGGCUCCGGCAACAGCUUCGUCUACUGGUUGCCGCCCCUCGAAACAUCCGAUGGCCGCCGGCUCGGCGACUACUACUUCGUCGGUAGGUCCCCCCCAGAGGUGCGUGCAUUAAUUGGUUGUGACUCAAUCAGGCACGCUGAACCAGCUGGAGCAGCUGCCGGACAUCCCCAACCUAUUCUGGUGGUUCGACGUCGUCUGGGAGACUGUCGAGCAGCUGGUCGAUCUCGAAGUGCAAGAGAAAUUAGCUGUCGAGAUACCGCAGUUGCCAAAAUAUUUGCAAGAACGGCAAGCGGAAGCACAAAGGCCGGCGAUCGAAACAUAGUAACCUUUGUGGCCGGUACAAAUAAUGUGUUGCAGUGGCAGUAUCCAGUGGCGCUAAGUCAUUUGGCUCUGGGACUUUUCUUGCUUUCCUGACUGGAUAGGCGACUGACCAAUCAGUUGGUCUACGUAUUUGUGUAGAUAAUCCCACCUCACCUCUCUCUUCUGCGCUUUUUUUGCGCUCGUUCCUCGCACCCCCCUUCUUGCCUUUCCAGCUGCGAUUUUGGGUCGUCACUCAUUAGUGAGUGGGUGGGUUACGGAAUUGCCGUCUGUCAGGGCUAAUGACCAAAAGGGGGUGUGAAGGGGUGUCUGCAGUUGUGCUGCCUUCGUCGUGUAUUGAAAGGGCAGGUGUUAGCGAAUGUGCAUUACAGUUUGUGUUUGUAUAUAUAUAUAUGUGUGUGUGUGUGUGUGUGAAUUUGCAUGGUUCAUUCGCUGAAUGCAAUGCGCUGUGACGCUUAGCUUCUUUAAGCUUCUUAUUCCUGAGGAGGGGUUCGUUUUGGAGCGUGAUGUUGUGCUUUGGGCUUGAGCUGCUUGUCGCCUGUGAUGGUGCCUGAUCGGCCGUUUGGUUUGUGUCUGGAUGCUGCUGCCUUUCAUGCUGUGUGGUGCGCUUGUGUGUCUGUGAUUGCGUUCCCGCCUUCGUGCCUUUCACGUCAGUUUGCUGAUUGGCUUUCACAGAAACUGUGGUCGUAGAGUCGGCGAUGUCUCGCACACAGAAAGGCACAAGAGCGGACCACACGUUAUGAAUGGCAGCAGCAUCCAGACACAAACCAAGCGGCCGACCAGACAUCACACAUACAUCAGUGUUGACUUCAUUUGAGACAGAGAGACGUGAGAGAGGGUCGGUGAUGUGUCCAUAUGGAUGAAUUAUACACGGAAUACCACUCAUCUCAGUGAGUAAGAGAGGCAGGGAGUGAGUGGCUGUGUGUUUGUCUAUGGAGAAGAGGCAACAGGAUUCCAAGAGAUGGUGCGGGCGGGAUCCUGCGAAUCUUGGGGUGAGCAUGCAGGCGGUGAGCAAAUCGUCUUGACAGAUCUUAGCAGACCUGAGUGUCUUCC